UGAUUGUCGCGUCGGUAAUAACCUAUCGUUGAAUUAUACUCAAAUAUAAACGUGGUAUUCCAUUGUGAAGCUUGAGUUUUUAUUUCAUAUUACUUUUUAGAAGGUAAUAUUCAAUCAUCAUCAUGGCUGCAACAAUGCCAAUAAAUCCAAAACCAUUUCUAAAUGGUUUAACUGGAAAACCUGUAAUGGUAAAAUUAAAGUGGGGUCAUGAAUACAAAGGUUAUCUUGUGUCAGUAGAUGGUUACAUGAAUUUACAACUUGCAAAUACAGAAGAACACAUAGAUGGAAAUUGUACUGGUAAUCUUGGAGAAGUACUGAUACGAUGUAACAAUGUUAUGUACAUACGUGGUGUAGAAGAAGAAGACGAAGAAGGAGAAAUGAAGGAUUAAAUUUACAUUUAUGACUUUUGUAUUUUUAAUUGCUUAUUUGAAUUAUAAAGUAAAUAAAUAUAAGUCUGUAUAACCUUAUAUAUGUCAAGUAUAAUGAGUUAAUAGGUCAUGUAAAAACAAUAUUUUUAUAAAAUAUGUAAAUAAAUAAUAAUUUAAUGUCUUAGAAA